AUGAGUCAAACCGUUGCCGAUAGUGCCGCUCCACCAAAUCACGUUGAAAAGAAAAGCCAUCGGAUUCAAGUUAGGCUACCACCUCCGAAUUUUAGUCAAGCUGAGCUACACACCAAUGAGAGAAAUGCCUCCAAAGAGACUCCACAAUCCAACAUUUGUGAAACUCAACAAGUGGGCAUCUUAAGAGGUUUAUCGGCUUAUACGAAACCGUAUCAAGAGCGUGACGACAUCUUAAAACAUCUCGCGGCCGCUUAUUUGUUUACUAUUCUCAAGUCACCGCAGAACUGGAUACCAGAAACGUUUACGGAUAUUGUUGAGCUCGAGUCCACGAUAGCGAACACCAAACUCGAGACCAGGCUACCGAUUCUCCGAAACGAUAAAACCUACAACAUCCAUCUUUCGAACACACUCGUCAAGGGACGGUUCAGUACCCAACAGCAACGAUCAGUACAUUUAAACAUUUACGAAACUUUGACGCGUAUUAAGCGUGGAAAGGCUGCUAUUUGGAAGUGUGAUACUUACUAUUUCCUCAUCCGUCGUCUCGUAACUGGAUGGUACUUCUACACGAUGAACCUGCAGGACAAACCGGCGCUGAUGUUCUUCAGUUGCCCACAGUUGAUGGUGAAUCUUGUGCGAGAGUCUUACGGGUGCAACGCGAGUUCGAAAUACUUCCUCUCGAGCAUGAUACUACACUCGGUCGAGGAGGGUGACGUGACCAGGAUUGUGUGGAAGAUGAAGCGAAGCAUCGGUAUGAAACUGAUCUCUCCGAUGGAAGCCAUCCUGCACGGCAAUAUUUGCUUAGCACGCCCCACUCUAGAACGAUCGCUCGAAAUUGGUCUGAACGUUUUGGAGCGGGCAGGAAACGAUCGUCAGAAACCACGCUCCUGGGAUAAUAAGCUACUAAACGAAUGUUUCAAACGCACUCAAGAGCACUGGAAAGUGGCAGAGAAAAUGGCUGCCUUUAUGCGUGAUAAAACCGAUCCUCACUAUACCGUUGGAGGCUAUGAGCUAACGUGCCGUACAUCUCCACUAGGACAUCGUCAGCGCAAACAUUUUGAGGAGCUCGUUAACUACUUUCUCGCUUCCUGCACAGCUUUGCUGGUGGUUGGGCUGGACUGUUCCUUUCUGUUCUGGUCCAGAGAUGACUUUAUCUACUGGUUUAGUCCCUACCGGUACAGUGCUCUGCAGGAGAAACCUGAAAUUCUACAAAGUCGGGCCAGUUUCUUACACAUGACCAAUGCACUUGCCAAAGCAUCACAAUCGCUGUUUGACUAUCUGUUCGAGCUUGGCGUUUUCCCUGAUCAUACAAUCGAGUUAUUCCCGCUGCGUGUCGAUGGUAGCACUCCACAUGCUCCCAUACCUGACGAAGAUGAGGACUCGCUGGAAGAGGAAGAGCUUACCAUACCACCUGCCAGUGAUAGAGGUUGGACGAACUUCUACACACCGUCACUUCACACACCGUCCGAGUUGCGGUUGGCGAGACAGAUGCUGGAUAUGGUGUAUCGAACUGCCGAAGAUCGGUGUGACUAA